UGCUUUUUGGAGUGAUUGUUGCGUGUUGUAUUGCGAGUGCCUUAAGUGUAAACAAGUAAUUGUCGUUUUCACGAAAGAAAAAUGUUUUUCUUGACGUAGCAUCAAAUUCUUGCUAUUGACACGCAAAAACAUCAACAAAUCAUCACGAUUCAAGGCUCACAAUACACUAAAUUUGGUGAAGAAAAUAGAGACAUUGGCUUAUUGGAAGUGGACUGCAAUGGUGUCGAUAGUGAACAUCCCAAUUGCUGGCUUCAUCUACGCCAAAGUUGUCCAGUUUGUCAACUACCUGGACUAUCCAACCUGGGUUUGGUAUUUAAUCGGGCUGUACUUCCUGCUCCCAGUGCUGACCUAUGUUGUGCUACCUUACAUUUAUGGUAACGUGUCCACAAAGAAAAGGGUAAUAAUAUUUGUGCUUGGUGACUUGGGGCACUCUCCUAGAAUCUGCUACCAUGCCAGAAGCUUUGCUGAUAAGGGGUAUAGUGUUGAUUUGUGUGGUUAUUUAGAAGAAGCACCACCAAUCGAUUUGACUGAGAAUGAAAAUGUUAGUAUCAAUGAAAUCAAAAUCAUAAGGAACACUCAUAAUUUACCUUUCAUUGUUUUUGGUGUGUUGAAAGUGCUGGGACAAAUAAUUAAUAUAUCAAAAUUAUUGUUUGAAUUGAGAGGUGCAAACUAUCUAUUGGUUCAAAACCCUCCUUCAAUUCCAACAUUAUAUAUUGCAGUUGUUUAUAAGUACCUUACAAGAACAAAGUUAAUUAUUGACUGGCAUAACUUGGGGUUUAGUAUCCUUCAAAUCAAAUUAGCACCAACUCAUCCAUUUGUGGCAAUUUCAAGAAUUUAUGAAAAGUUAUUGGCUUCAUUUGCUGAUAUCAAUCUAACAGUGACAGAUGCUAUGCGUAAAUUUUUACAAAAGCAAUGUGGUGUUGAAAAGAAAAGAAUCAUUGUCUUGUAUGAUAAGGCAGCUGAACAGUUCAAACCUUUGACAAUUGAUGAGAGACAAGAUGUCAUUUCAAAACAUCCUAAUUUAUUUGCAAAAUUUGACGCAUCAACUGAUAAAGUAUUGAUCAGUUCCACUUCUUUUACACCUGAUGAAGAUUUCAACAUCUUGAUUGACGCUUUAAGGAAAUAUGAUACCCAAUCUACUCUGCCUAAAUUGAAAGUUAUCAUCACAGGUAAAGGGCCAAUGAAGAAUGAAUUUUUACAAAAAGUUCAAGAUGCAGAUUUCAAAAAAAUUGAUGUAUUAAAUGCAUGGUUGACAGCUGAAGAUUAUCCAAAGAUAUUAGCUACUGCGGAUGUUGGUGUUUCUUUACACACUUCGUCAAGCGGGAUUGAUUUACCAAUGAAGGUUGUUGAUAUGUUUGGUUGUGGUGUUCCUGUUAUUGCACUUGGUUUCCCUGCAUUACCAGAACUUGUGACUGAAGGUGUGAAUGGGUUAUCUGUUAAGGAUUCAAAUGAAAUGUUCAACAGCUUGGAAAAACUAUUCAAAGAUGAAAGUUAUUAUGAAACUUUGAAGAAAGGUGCAGUAUUGAAAAGUGCAGAUAGAUGGAAUCCUAAUUGGAAAUCUAAGUUCGGUGAUCGUUUACCAUGAAUUAAUUCUCCCCGUUAUAGCAUCUUUAAGCAUCUCAAUAUAUUCAUCGUCAUUUUCAUCAAUCAUGUUCUUUGAUGGAAUAUUCCAAAACUCGUAAUUUUCAUCUUCAUAAACAUCUGAUUUAUCAUGUUCAGGUAUUAAAUCAAACACUGUAUCUUUUCCUAAUGCGAUAUCUGUUAGGUAUGUCCAACAUCUAGCAACUUGCCUAUGUUCAUAUCCACCUCCUCCCAACAAUAGUGUUGGUUUCCCGACAUCAAGAAUCUUAGCAACUUC